AUUGUUAAAAGACUUCUAGCUUGGAAAAAGGGUGAGCACGAAAAGGACGAUAAGUGGGCAGAGAAAGCUGUGAAAAGCUUAGUGAAAAAGCUGAAGAAAACAGGAGGUUUGGACGAAUUAACUAAAGCACUCUCCACA